AUGACUCAAUUGUCAACCUGCUCUCGGGGAAAGUGCUGCACUCACAAUGCAUCAGCCAGUAUCUGCAUAGAGCCGACGCUGGCGACUGGGAUCUCGUUCGCCUGCACGAUCCGCAUAAAGAGCUCACAGAACCCCGCAUGUUGCUUGACUACAUCACCACCAUCCUCAAAUCCUCCACGCACCCAUUGGGCAAGAACCUCAACGGGUUUGUUGACCAAUUUACCCUGCUGUAUGCCGUGGAGUCGCCCGACGUGCGCACCCUCUCGCAGACCUCCUCCCAGAAAAGGUACAGCAAGAUCAGGUGAACAGAUGUCUCCAGCCUACUCACAGCAUUGGGUCGCUCACCCUCAGGUUGACGGAGGAGACUCUACAGAAGGCCGUGAAAGAAGUCAAGGCCUACGUCAAUCACAUUUGCAGCCUCAUCUUGGCCAAGUUCCUGCUGCUGGAUACCCCCAGCGGGCGCGAGGAAUGCCACGUGGCAGUCAACAGAAUCAUUUUGCCUCGGGUCUACAAACCGCUCUUCAACCUCUACGUUGGUUUCAACACGACCCGGGAGGACCUUUUCCGGCAGCAGCUGCGGCUACUUCGGCGGAUGACGCCAACCGACUUCCAAAUCAAGCCCGCGUUUUGGCUCAAGGAGGAGGGGACGAGGGCCAAUGGUGGCUCCGACGAGGACUGCGCCGAGCUCACCAAGCCCUAUCAAAUGGCCUCCUAUUUCCUACGGUACCAGUCCUUCACCGGGGUAGGAGCCUUUGCCCCCCCCGGCGCUACUAA